AAGUGCGAGACGUGUCUGCUGAGCAAGUUCACACGGUUCCCCUUUCACGGCGUAGCUGGGAAAAGCAAGGCAGCACUGGAACUGGUGCACAUGGACCUGGUAGGACCUUUUCCAGUUCAAGGAAGAAAGGGGGAAAGAACCGACCGAGGUGGAGAGUUUCUAGGAGGAGAUCUGACUGCGUGGCUCAAGAAACAAGGCAUUGAGCAUCAGCUAACAACGUCCUAUACCCCUCAGUCAAAUGGCGUUGCUGAGAGGGCUAAUAGGACCAUCCUGGAAACUGCGCGAGCGCUGCUGAUCGAAUCAGGGCUGGGGAACUCCAUGUGGCCUCAUGCGGUGAGGCAUGCUACAGUGGCAAGGAACCGCGUACUCACAAAGGUGGCUGAUGAUAUGUGGGUGCCGCUGGAGAGGUGGCUUGGAAAGAAGCCUCCAGUGGACAUGCUUCGAGUGUUCGGAUGCAUGGCAGUGGCGCAUGUCCCUAAACCGUACAGGACAAAGCUUGGAGCAUCUGCACUGUGGUGUGUGCACCUUGGGCUUGCGGCAGAGAGCAAGGGUAGGCGGAUACAUCUGCAUGGUGGGAGGUGGGCCUGUAAGUUGGAGGUCCAAGAAGCAGUCUGAGACGGCACUAUCUUCAGUGGAAUCUGAGUACAUGGCGAUGUUUCAUGUGGCAAAAGAAAUCAUCUGGCUAAGGAGGCUCUUGAAGGAGAUCGGCCAUGAACAGACUUGUGCGACACCUCUGUUCAGUGACAGCAAGGGAGCCAUUGCCAUGGCACGCAACGCAGUUCUUCAAGGGUUGAACAAGCACAUGAGGAUCAAGUGGCAUUGGCUGCGGAAGGAGGUGAAGCUUGGGACACUGGAUCCGAUCUACGUGAAAACUCAGCAACAGCCAGCCGACUUCCUUACCAAGCGGUUAGCUGAAGAGCCACACUGGCGCUGUGCGAGGAUGGCGGGAAUGUCCUUGAACUAGAGACGGCAAAACAAGCCGACAGUCUGAGGGGGAGUGUGUUGGUGCAUAUUCGUUUGCACGUCAUCCU